AUGUCGAUUUCGUCGUCGACUUCUUCCACCAUCUCUGGCGCCAUUUGUGCCCAGACAGCUGGCGCGAUGGGGGACGUUGUCGCUCCUCCCUUCUACAUCGCAUAUGCCUCCGUCAAGCACGUCCCGAUCGCCCUCAGCCUCGAGCGCCCCAACUUCUCCAAGUGGAAGGCGUUCUUCACCACUCUCUGCGCCAAGUACGGGCUGCUCGGUCACAUCGAUGGCACAGAGGACGCACGCCCGGCUGACCCCACGUGGUCCCAGCCUGAUGCCUGCAUCCGUGGCUGGAUGUACGGCUCCAUCGAUGAUCAGGUUCUCGACCUCGCCAUGGAACCUGAUCAGGAUGCGCAUGCCCUGUUCGUCUCCGUCGAGGCUCUGUUCCAAGCGAACAAGGAGUCUCGCGUUGUCGUCCUCAGACAAGAGUUCCACAGCAUGUCCCAGGGCGACCUCUCCAUCGACGCCUACGCCCAGCGGAUGAAGCACACCGCCGAUGCCCUCUCCCCGCGGCAACUUGUGCUCAAUCUGCUAUGUGGCCUCAACGCUCGCUUCGCCAACACUGCCGACAUCAUCACCAACACAACGCCGCUGACCGACUUCAAGGUUGCCACCAACAUGCUUCGCGUCAAGGAACUUCGCCUUGGCCUUGGCAACGAGGGCAAGGAGACCUCCGCUUCAUCCCUUGUUGCGUCCACUGUCUCCUGUAUCUCCCCGUCCUGCAGGUCCACUUCCUCCCCGACGUCUAAUCGCGGAGGCAAUGGCAGAGGCAAGGGAGGCAAGGGCAAGGGGCGCGGUGGCUACGGAUGCAACCAGCAGCAGCAGCAUGGCACUCCACAGGGCUUCGGCGGACGUCAGGCCCCUUAG